UUCAUCACUCCUUCCAAUAAUGUUCUCCUUCACCAGUAUCAUUGCCGUGGCCUCCGUGGCCUCCGUCGCCCUCUUCUCUCUGGUUUCUGCGAGCGCUGUGCCCACUGGCAACAGCACUCUCCUCGCUAGACAAAGCUACAGCGCUGAUGGAACCUACUAUUCACCAGGUUUGGGCGCUUGCGGUUUGACCAACGCCGACACGGACCUCAUCGUCGCUGUUUCCACCAGUCUUUACGAUUCUUACCCCGGUGCUACCUCCAACCCCAACCUCAACCCCAUCUGUGGCAAGACUAUCACCGCCACAUACAAUGGAAAGAGCGUGACUGCCGCUGUCGAAGACAAGUGCUACGCCUGCGCGGAGUACGACCUCGACUUCUCCCCGUCCGCUUUCCAGCAGCUCGCUGACGAGUCGGUUGGCCGCAUCGAGAUCACCUGGCAAUUCAACUAAACGACGUCAUUCUUUUGACCGCGACACAACAUCAUUUUCCUAACUUAUUUCCGCACGGUAUCUCUACUACUUAUCUAUCGUUAUUUAUUGGGAGAGCCUCGACGGCUCGUUUGGAUGUAUGUACACUGCACUACGGUUCUCACCGUGACUGUGUUCAUUUGUACCGUAUCCUGAUCGCAUACGAUCCCUUGAAUUAUUCUGC